AUGAGCGAUCACAUAGACACAGACCCUGCUGAAGUGAAUACUCCGCUCCCACAAGAGAUCGGUAUUAUACAAUCCCUCGAUAGACGAUCUCCCGCACCCAAAGAGUCACGGGAACGGAUUCUAAAGACACUCGAAGAAUGGAUUCAAAUUCGUGGCGGCGAGGGCGGUAUAAGCUUGACAGAAGUCAGUGCAGCUAUCAAGAGGGAAAAGGAACCAUCGACGUCCGCAUCGGAACACCCAGAUUCAACGGCGGACAGACCAUUUCACUGCGACAAAUGCUCCACGAGGACGAUAGCAUGCGACGCCGGUCACUCCGAUAUCUACCAGCUUUCACGCGAGCCUUUGGUAUGGCCUAUUGAGUUAGAGGAUUGGAUUUUUGGUUUUAUUGAAACAGUCUUUUAUCAUCGUCCUAUCGAUGUCGUAUCUAUGGCAGAGAUUGCGUGGAUCAUCAAGACAGGAAAGGAAGAAGUCUCCCUGCCACCAGCAUUGGUACAGCAGCAUCCAGAUCUGACGGCGCAAAAACCUUAUCACUGCCUCAAAUGUUUCCCUAUGUAUUUGCGCCCCGUGGAAGAGGAAGCAAGAAAAGAUGCAGAGACGAAGUCUGACGGGGAUGCAGUGUAUGAGACCGAAGAGGAAGCGGGGAAGGAAGCGAAAUCAAUAAGGGAUCGAAAGAGGAGAAAGACAUUCCGAGGAUGA